AUGGAAAAGAUGAUGAAGCAGCAGGAAUUAACAAGCAAAAAUCAUGAAGGUUCAAUGAGAAACUUAGAAAGGCAAAUUGGACAAUUGUCCAAGCAAGCUGUGAUUGAAAGGCCAACAAGCUCACUCCCAAGUGAUACCAUUCCAAAUCCCAAGGAAGAAUGCAAGGUUAUACAACUAAGGAGUGGAAAAAUUUUGGUGAAUGACAGAGAAGCUAACAAGAAACCCAUGGAGAAUGACAAAAAGCCAGCUGAGAAAAAUGAGGCCGGCAACAAAGAAGAGGUGACAGCAAGCAAGCAAGCUCAAGAGAAGCCUAAAGAGAAAGAUGAGCAACUACAAGAAUCAAGGAAAGGGAAGAAAGUAAUGGAGGAACCAUCUCAAAGACAGAAGCAGUUGGAAAAGACUUCCACACCUCCUUUACCAUACCCUCAAAGAUUCAACAAGGAGAUCAAGGAUCAGCACUUCCCCAAAUUCCUUAAUGUCUUCAAGAAGUUGGAGAUUCAUAUCCCCUUGGCUGAAGCAUUAGAGCAAAUGCCUCUAUAUGCAAAGUUCAUGAAGGAGCUCAUUAACAAAAAGAGAAGUUCGUAUGAGAAGGAGACCAUUACGCUCACUGAAGAAUGCAGUGCUGUAAUGCAAAGGGGUAUCCCACCAAAGCUCAAAGAUCCAGGAAGCUUUAUGGUUUCAUGCACCAUAGGCAAGAUGACAUUAGAAAAAGCUCUCUGUGAUCUAGGUGCUAGUAUCAAUUUGAUGCCCUUCUUAAUGAUGAGAAAGCUUGCCAUAGAAGAAAUCAAACCUACCAAGAUGUCACUGUGA